CAAUGUCUCCCCGGCGGGGAGGGGGCUGCCUGGGAGACGCGCUGAGCGGCCCCCCCCGGAGGCUCAUCGGCUGCCCGAGCAGCGCCCAGCUCGCUGCCCCGCAGCCUCCCCCGGUGGCGGCGGCGGCCUGGAGGAGCCGCGCACCCGCCGCCGCCCCCCCCGGAGCCUUGCAGCCGCCGCCGGGCGCCCAGGGAGAGGUCGGCGGACGUCCCCCGGGGAAGAUGAAGGCGGAGGCGGGUGACCACUCCAUGAUCAACCUGUCGGUGCAGCAGGUUCUGAGCCUCUGGGCCCACGGGACGGUGCUGAGGAGCCUCACGGAGAUGUGGUACUGGAUCUUUCUCUGGGCUCUCUUCUCCUCUCUGUUUGUCCAUGGUGCUGCAGGAGUGUUGAUGUUUGUGAUGCUACAGAGGCAUAGGCAGGGAAGAGUAAUCUCUGUCAUUGCUGUCAGCAUCGGAUUUCUGGCUUCUGUAACUGGAGCAAUGAUAACUAGUGCAGCAGUAGCAGGCAUUUAUAGAGUAGCAGGGAAGAACAUGGCCCCUUUGGAAGCUCUGGUAUGGGGAGUUGGACAGACUGUACUGACAUUAAUCAUCUCCUUUUCAAGGAUCCUUGCGACACUUUGAGGCUUUUGUAGAAUGUCUUACUUCACAUAAGGAAACAGAUGUGCAGAUUCUCUGAAAAUGGCAUUGUUAACAAGUGGGGAUGAAAUUGUACCAGACUGUACAAGGUCAAAUAUGACCUUGAGCUGUGCGGAAAGAUUGUCCUCUGGUGUUCAAGUGAUUGCACUACUGCACUGCACCUUACGUGCCUCCGUCCCAGGCAAGGCGCAUUACACUAUGUGAAGCUACAAGAAAAAGCACCUUGUUUAGCUGCCAAUCAGGUUAACAUUGGUGUUGAAUCGUUGUCCUUAACAGUAUUGUGUUAAGUUACAGGGACAUUCUGAGGAAUUGAUAUAUGUGCCAAACUCUUUUUUUAACAUUGAUCAUGUGACAAUUUGCAAGUACAGAUGUUAGAUGAGUGCUGUGAACAUAUUUGACAUGAAUUCAGGUACAGUAGUGAGAUUUAUGUUUUGUAAUGCUAAGUCCUGUAUGAGUGCCGAAUAUCGAAUUAUUUAAUAUGAGAUAAUUUAUUUGACUUUUAAUAUUGACCGUUUAUGGGAUUUAGGGCUUUAAUAUGUUAAGCAUUAUCACUUAAUUUAUGCAGAAAAUUAUACUUAAUGGAAAGCUGGCUGAACUCUGUUAAGGACUCAAAGUAGAUCUGUAGACUCAUCCUUUUCACUCACUCAAAUAACACUUCUUAGCUUCCCUCACAAGUAUUUUAAGAAUUCAAAAACUUUAUGGUCACACACAUUGACUAUAGUUUGUACAUCAUAAAAACAUAAUUUGAAAAUCUCUCAUAAGUUUUCUAGGAAAAGAUGUCUGAAAUGUUAAAUUCUUUGAUUCUUCUAAGAAAGUUUUUGCCCUGAAUCUCUCAGAUAAAAACACCUUUUAAACUAGUGUCUCAGUGGGAUUAUACCACUUUGUUGGAUAUCUUUAUUUUUGACAAAAUAAACAAUAUUUCAUUCUGGAGUAUUAAGUAUAUCUAAAGUAUGGCCUAAAUUAGGCUGGGAAAACAAAAAGUCUCAUGUAGAUAUGUACCAAGUAAGAUAUAGGAAGAGUAGUAAGCUACAUGGGUUUAGGUAUGUGACUACAUAGUUUUGUUAAGUAAAAACUGGGAAAUUUGGUAAGUAAUUUUUAAAUUUGGCAAUUAAACUGAGAUAUCAGUAUACUUAUGAACAUAUAUUUGAGUGAUUUAUUCCAGUUAUUUAGUUCUUGGUUUAUGCUAUUAUGUAAGUUUACUAGAUUUUAUAAUGACAUUUCAUAGAAUUGAAAAAGUAAUAUAAAAAUUUAGGAGGUUUUGGCAGUAAUUGUUUUUAAGAAUGCAGGAAGUAAAGGGAGCUAUGGUUGAAAUUGUCUGCUGAAACACCUGAUAUAAUUAUAUAUAUGGUAACUUAAAGGGAGAGACACUGUAGAGAAUAUAAAAGGGCAAUUCAAAAAAUAAUUUGUAUAUAAAACCUUGUUAUUCUAUAUCUUGGUUUGCUAAAAGUUAAGUUUAUAGUAAGCCCUACUCAAAUUUCAGACUGUUGUUACACCUAUUAUUAUUAUUUUUUUCUCCACUAAAAAGCAAACUAUGGCAACAGCUUACCAGUGAAUCACAGAGAAAAUAUUUACUGGUAUGAAAGUCACCUUGAGGAUUUAGUAAUAUAGUGGCUUGAAAGUUUGCUUAAAAAUAGUAACUAUGCAUCUUUAGAGAACUUGGAAGUAGAUCUUAAAAUAGGCCUUUUUCACUAUGUGCAAGCCCGGUUAUUUUCAUGUUGUUUUUAAUAUUCCUGAUGUUUUUCCAAAUUAAAUGUAUACAUCAUUUUUCCAAGUCAAUUUGGUGAAUACUUCUUUUUGAUUAGAUUUGAAUUACAUUUUCCCUUUAUUUUUUACUAUUUAAUCAAUUCUAAUUGUUCAUGUUCUUUGAGAGUAAUUGCCAUUAACGUAUUGAAACUGAUUUUAGACUUACAAAAUGAAAAAUUAUUUUACCCUGUAGUUAAUUUUAUGAUUUAAAAAAGUUGUCAUGGUAGGGAAAUAGAGAGCACUUGGUUCAGAAUAAGAAACUAACUAGAAAAUAAUUUAUGAAUGUGUGGACCAAAGAGAUUUGAAAUUCUGAUUUCACUCUAGAGUAAAAGUAUAAUCGAAUAGUUAAUAGUUUGCAUAGUGCCCUGCAGUUAUCUCAUUAUCAAAUUAUUUUGCAUUAUGAAAUAUGUGUGUUUGUGUUUGUGCAUAUAUACGUAUUGUAUGUCUUUUUAACACUUGGGGGGAUAUUUGGGUUCCUUGCUGUUUUUAGUUAUUUAUAUUGGGAUUUUGUGCAGCUUUCACUUUUUUGAUAUUUUGAAAUAGCUGAAUAGUGUGAGUUGAUGCUGAGAUUUUUAAAGUCAAUUGGUUUUCCUAUAGAGACAUGAAUUCAAUGAUAUGUAUGUACACAUGUAUAUCAUUAUUCACAUACAAAUAUAUAAAGCUGCUAUAUAUAAAUGCUGUCUAACUGGAAGGCUUUUGUUCGGGGAACACUUUCAUACUUGAGUGAAGGGUUUGAUGUAUUUGUUUGAUUAAUCUUUUAAAUCAUCUUGAGGAUGUUUGAGAUUUUUGAAUUUUGAGAAAUUGUACUUUGGCUUAUAUGCUGGAGACCCUUGUUUAUGAUACGACAAAAGCCUAUGUUGAUGUGUUUUGGUUAUACCUUGAAAUUUCUAAUGUGAAUUGACAUUAAGUUUUUUUUUUUUUUUUGUGAUAAAUGCAGGAAGAGAGGGAGGUAGCUUCUAUAGUUUAUACUGCCUUAUUACAAAAAAAAGUACCUUGGGAAAAUAUAGCCGAUAGUGAAAUCAGUAUCCAAAAGAAGAUAAUUAUUAUUUAACAUAUUGAUGAAAAAUGUUCAUAGAUUAGAGUUAGUCUGGGGCCCUCAUCUAAGCUAAAGAUGCUUAAAACCUUAAAUGAGUAGUGUACAAACUAAUCUGCCCGGUGGGAUUCCACUGAUUGUGCAGAAUAAGAAAAGCCAUCGGCAGUGUUGUUUCAAUGAGUGUGGCUUAUUCUAUCUUUAGAUCUUACCAGUCACUGUUACAGUUUAGGUAAUGUCUUUUUCUGUUAUUUGCAGUGCACAUUUCCAUAGUCCCUCUGUGAGUUGGUUGGUUUGUACAUUUUAUUGAAAAACAAAGAAACUACCCUGAAUCUGAAUAUCAUGCAUUUGUUAUUUAAGGAAUAGGUAAUUUAAAAUCAAAGGAUAUUAUUGAAGUCAUGAAAACAUGUUGCACUAUUGCUAGUGCUGUGUCCCUCCACUUGUUUGCCUUUUUAAAAAAUUUUUAUUAACUUAAGAGAUACUGUUAUUUUAAAUGUACAUCCAUUUUGUAAUUCAAGAUGUAGCACGAAGCUGAAGUACUUUUUGAAAUGUCUUCAGACUAUUACUGCUGUUACACUUUUUUUUUUUUAAGCCUCAGAGUUUUCCACAGAAACUCUUCAAAGAGUCAUUAUUUGUUUUUAAGGUAUGAGAAUUGCAGAAAGUUACUGAAGAAAUUCUAGUAGACCUAGAUUGCAGAGAAUGCUGGCAGUACUUUUUGCAUUGCUGGGUUUUUAAUAAUUAGACAAGAAUCUCAGUAAUUAAAAUUGAUUUAGUAAUCAAAUGGUCUCAAGUAUCUUUAACUUCAGUUAUUUUUAUAAUAUCUUAGGAGGGCACGCUUCAGGAGGAAAAUUACAUUUGAUUGAGGAUGACGAUUUCUUAUUAAAUACUUGGUAAGAUUUUGUAGAGGAGAGUUUAAAGAGGAAAAGUGUUGGAGGGGUAACCUAUAAGGACAAAAGAACACAGUUUGCCCUCUUUAGUUAAAAUUUGAAGCUACCUUUUAUGAACAUCUACUGCAUGUUUACAAAAUACUGUUUACUUAUAUGUGAGACUUAAUUGCUAAGCAUUUUGAAAUUAUAUUAGAAUUUGUAUAUGUGUGAGGCUUGAGAUUUGUUCAGUGUAGCCAGUGCUUUCGAAGAGUUUGCUAAGUUAUCUACAAACGCAUCUGUUUGAGGGAAGUAAUACUUAUUAAAUACAGUAUUUUCAGUGAAUGUGUAAUGCAGCAACUAAUUAAAUUAAGUGAGAAAUGCCCAAAUUUCUAAAUUAACUCAACUAUGGACUAUAAUCUUUUCAUCCUGUGAGUCUAGGGGACUCGUUUGCAUAUUCUUUACAUUUAUUGCACAUAUGUCAAAUUAAAUGUCAACCCUUUAUUUGAAGAGCUUUACACUUUCUUAAAAAUCUCCAUUCCAUGCAGAUGUCAUAUGCUAUAGUUUAAACAUUUGUAUAGUUUGCUGAUAGAAAUGCUGAUGUAGACAAGAAUGUUCUUAACUCCAUAUGGUUACGAUUCUACAUACUUUUACUGGAAAAUAAAUACUGUAGUCAAGUCAGGAGAGCAUGAAGUCAUAGGUAUCUUUAGGUUAUGUACUGCACCCAUGUAUUUCUCUCUUCAAUGGAAAUAUAAAUAUACUC